UAGAUUAGUUAAGAGUCACCUCCUGUUUAGCUUCCUCGAUAAAACACACACACACACACACACACACACACACAUACGAGAGGAACUAUGCUUGCGCUAUAGCCAGCUGAUCGCUUCGUUCAGAUCAGAUCAGAUCACGCAACGUCUAAGAAGAGUUCCUCGUGUAGACCGAGCGCUUCUCUGGGAUUGGAGGAUCGAUCCGGUCUGUGCGCCCUCGCGCCGCACCGUGACAUUGGCGACGCCGUGCGCGCUACAGACUGGCGGGCUGCUGCUCGGGCACUAUGGAGGAGAAAGCAAAGAACCAGGACGGAGCCAAGGAGCACGACGCGACCUCUGCAUCUUGCCAGCGGAGGAUAUGGAAGAAUUUCCAGGACAGAACCAGACCGUUUCUCAGCCCUAAACUGGGCUCGGAAAGACGCAGCGCGGACGGCAAGAAAGAAAGCGGCUUGUGGAUGUUCAAGCGGAAAAAGAAACCGGUCCUGGACCGAAUCUUCUCCUCCUCUCAGCCGAACCUGAGCAGCUCGAGUCCCGCGUCUCUCCAAGGCGACAAAGCGGAACCGGGCUGCAGCGGAGGAGGACCGGGGAGGUCGCCGCUCGCUGCGCUGGAAGGAGCCGCUGCAGUGACACACAUUUACACACACGAGGUUUCGGUAUCGGCCCACAGCAGCCCGCGGCUCAGUGUGGCGCAUUUAACCGCGUCGCAGCCCAAAAGCUCGUCCCUGGGCUCGGCGUGCUUCGAGACGCUCGUGCUGGAUUCGGCGGUCGCUUCCGGUCAGGGCGAGCUGAGCAAGAACACAAGCGAUUCGGGCAUCAACACCGUAGGGCCGAGUAAUGCAGAUCCGCCUGCCCUCAUCAGCCCCGGGAUGUACCAACUGGAUAUCGUGCUGAAGAAGGGUGUCAAUCUUGCCAUUAGGGACAGAGGAGGCACCAGUGACCCUUACGUGAAGUUUAAGAUCACAGGGAAAGAGGUUUUCCGCAGCAAGACCAUUCAUAAGAACCUGAACCCGGUGUGGGAUGAGAAAGUCACCCUGCUGGUGGAUAAUAUAAGAGAACCACUCUAUGUUAAGGUGUUUGACUAUGACUUUGGGCUGCAGGAUGACUUCAUGGGCUCUGCAUAUCUAUACCUGGAGUCCCUGGAACAACAUAGGCCCCUGGAUGUGACCCUUGACUUGAAGGAUCCCCACUAUCCUGACCAUGACCUGGGCUCUCUGGAACUGGUGGUCACUCUCACUCCUAAAGAAGGGGACUAUAGGGAAGCUACCAUGCUUUUGAGAAGGAGUUGGAAAAGAUCCAGUAAGUACCAGAGUCUGAGGUUAUCAGAUGUCCACAGGAAAGCCCAGCUGUGGAGAGGAAUCGUCAGCAUCAGUUUAAUCGAGGGUCGUAACCUCCAGCCGAUGGACGCUAACGGCUUAAGUGACCCGUAUGUCAAAUUCAGAAUGGCUCACCAGAAGUACAAAAGCAAGACAAUACACAAAACAUUGAACCCACAGUGGAGGGAACAGUUUGAUUUCCAUUUGUACGAUGAGGAAGGCGGCUUUAUUGACAUCACAGUGUGGGACAGAGACGCCGGCAAGAAAGACGACUUCAUGGGCAGGUGUCAGGUGGAUCUCUCUCUCCUGUCUAAGGAGUGCACACACAAGCUGGACCUGCCGCUGGAGGAGGGCGAGGGCAUGCUGGUGCUACUGGUCACCCUGACCGCUUCGGCUGCCGUCUCCAUCUCAGACCUUUCUGUCAACAUGUUCGACGACCCGCAUGAGAGGAGAGAGAUUCUGCACAGAUAUAGUCUGCUGAGAUCCUUUCACAACAUUAAAGACGUUGGUGUAGUGCAGGUGAAAGUCAUCCGGGCAGAGGGACUGAUGGCAGCUGAUGUUACAGGCAAGAGUGACCCCUUCUGUGUCGUGGAGCUCAGCAAUGACCGUUUACAGACACACACCGUGUACAAGAACCUCAACCCAGAGUGGAACAAAGUAUUCACAUUCAACGUGAAAGACAUCCACUCCGUGCUGGAAGUUACGGUCUAUGACGAAGAUCGGGACCGAAGCGCUGACUUCCUGGGCAAAGUUGCUAUUCCGCUGCUAAGUAUCCAAAAUGGUGAACGGAAAGCUUACGCCUUGAAAAGCAAGGAGCUGACAGGGCCAACAAAAGGGGUCAUCUUUCUCGAAAUAGACGUGAUUUAUAAUGCUGUUAAAGCGGGACUCAGGACGCUGAUACCCAUCGAGCAGAAAUACAUCGAAGAAGAACCUCGAGUUUCCAAACAGUUGCUCCUGCAGAACUUUAACCGAGUGAGGCGCUGCAUCAUGUUCCUCAUUAACACUGGCUGCUACAUCAACAGCUGCUUCGAGUGGGAGUCUCCUCAGAGGAGCAUCUGUGCCUUCAUUCUCUUCAUAUUGGUGGUGUGGAACUUCGAGCUCUAUAUGUUGCCCUUGGCUUUGCUGCUCCUGCUGGCCUGGAACUAUGUCCUCAUCGCUUCAGGAAAGGACAGCAGACAGGGAGACAUGCAAGCGGUGGAGGAUUUGCUGGAGGGUGAGGAUGAGGACUUUGACAGAGAUGACAAGGACUCAGAGAGAAAAGGAUUCAUAGACAAGUUGUAUGCCAUUCAGGAUGUUUGCAUCAGUGUGCAAAGUGCACUGGAUGAAGUGGCCUCCUACGGCGAGAGGAUAAAAAAUACUUUCAACUGGACUGUGCCUUUUCUCAGCUGGCUGGCCAUAGUGGCACUGUUUGGGGCCACACUUAUAGUUUACUUCAUUCCUCUCCGAUACAUCAUCCUGGCCUGGGGGGUGAAUAAAUUCACGAAGAAGCUGCGAGACCCAUACACCAUUGACAACAACGAGCUGCUGGACUUCCUCUCCAGAGUGCCCUCCGAUGUGCAAGUGGUGCAGUACCGAGAGCUGAAACUGGAUCCAAGUCACAGCCCAAAUAAGAGAAAGAAAAAUAACCCAGGAUAGCUCUGUUCCUUCUCCCAUGGACUCAGAUUUAGCAUGCCAAGGACCGGCACUGAUUUGGACCGGCUAGGUGUACUUCCUUCCUUCCUCCCGCCCGCCCCCCACUCUCUCGCUCUCUCUCUCUUUCCCCCCCAUCUCUCUCUAAUCCUCUGUUUCUCGACAGAGGAGCACAAAUGGUGAAUGUGAAAACAGAGGAGCACUUUUAAUUAUUACCAUGAGGGUUCCCGCCAUACUUGUUUACUUUUAGUGCAGAGGAGAGUGUGAAAAUCUCUUGACCCCUUUUAGAGUCGUACGGCAGGAGCAAUUUGUCACUGGCUGGCAUCAGGCAGAUGGCUCUAAAAGCCAAGGUGUCCUUCCAGCGCAGCAGAGAGAGACCAGAGACAGGGAAUGGCUUCAGCCACAAAUAGCAGGAUCAGCUGAUAAUACCGCCAGCCGCAGUGGCACAUCACGUCUCUAUCUUGGAGGGAAAAUAUGAUGGUUAGGUUGCAGUUUGCACCCUGUAAUUUCUACAGUGCGGUAAGGUUGUGCGCUGAAACCCGACAUCCUCCAGAGCAGUUAUUAGAGUUGUCAGCUAAGCCUCUUUACAGUUCGAUUUAUAGCUGUAACUAAAGUGUUUGGGGAGGAAAAAAAAAAAAAAAACUGCCUGGCCCAAGAGUCAGUAUUUAUUCAUCGGGGAUAUUUGUUUCAGGUAAUCAGGUUAUUUAAAGGAUAUGAAUGAUGCAUGCUUGGGUUAUUUGUGGUUAAGAAAAAAGAAAAGACUGGCAUGUUUACAGGAGGCAUAUUAGUUUUGGUGACAAAAUCCAUUUUGGUUACUGAACACUAGCCCACACUAAAUCUUUUCCCUGCCUCUCUCAAGCCACGUUGCAGUGUGUCCAGGUUACCACGAGGUGCCACCCUGCUAAUAUGGAUGUCACACUCUGGGUGGGCAGAAUCAUGGGUGUGCUAAUCAAUUUACAAAGGUGUCUCUUUCCACUGUUCACUGCAGAUUCAGUUUCCAACAACAAUAAUAGAAAGCCAAACGUAGAGGAGGGCAGCUUCGUGGGUGCCUUCAUUGUAGGGAAUAGCUUUCUUGAAAAUGUCAAUAGCGUGUGACAAGCUGCUUCAGGGACUUGGCAGGGGUGCGGCGCAGGGCAGGAGUUUACCACCGUCGGUGUUGGGGGAAGACGACCAAGAGGGCAUAGCAUGCCCUUUUUUCUCAACCUCUUCCCAUCAUCCCUUUUAGAAUUUGGCACGCCAUGCUUUUUCCUCUCCUUCAUCCACUCGGUUGAGUGAGAGGUCAUGGCUCGGCCUGUAGGGAACCUCCUGAGGGAUCUCUACUGAGCAAGUGUUGAAAGAUCACAGCACCAUCAGAGGAGGUUUGUAUUCGGCUUCGGCCCCUCCAUGAGGAGUUCGUGAAAAAGAAAAAAAAAACCCCCCAAAAAAACAACUCUCCUUAUGGCUGCUUUUCUAUAAGCACAUCUGACAUAUGGAAAGACCAUUGAUUAGUUUGAAAGCGUUUCCUUACAAAGACAACACACUCCCCACUGACCAAGACACUGAUAGUACCCAAGUGAUCUCCAUUAAAAGAAAGGACCACUUUCCUGAAGAACUGUUUCUGCCGAAAGGGAUGAUUUUUCUAAGCCUGGAUCUGUAUGUGCUGUUCAACUUUUUUUUUUAAUUUAUGUUUUUUUAUCGUCGAGUAGAUGUAGAUGUGUCGUGCGGCUUUGGCAUCUCCCAUCCAAAAAAUGUUUUUAGUUUUCAUGAUGUCUGCAAGAAAACCAAAGUGGAAAUUUUUAACAUUAUCGAUGUAGAAUGUAAUGUUUCCAUAAAAUGCAAAAAGGGAAAAAAAAAAAAAAAAAAAAAGGUUACGGCACUUUUUAUUUGCACUGAUUUUUAAAUCUGUUUAUUCAAGUUUUGUUUUCAAUUCAUGUACUGUAAAUAUAUAUAAUAUGCUUGUAAAUGGUCAGAUAUUUAUGAUGUAUAGCUCUAGAUGUGUCUUUUCCCUUAAACAAAAUAGUUGUGCCUAUUCCAUCGUCACUAAGCUCCCAGUGGUUGGAUGCGGUGGGAACGAAUGCAGGUAAAGAUGUAAUGGGAGAGCACUGCUAGAUUAUUUCAGUAAAUGUCUCAGAUUGACUGUCUUUUAAUUUUAAGAAAGAGUUAUAAAGAUUAUUAAAUAUUUUUAUCAUC